AUGAAGGAUUCGAAGCAGAAGAAGCUGAGCAAGAAGGAGAAGAAGCUUGCGAAGAAGCUUAAAAAGAAGGAGAAGAAGGUGGAGAAGAAGUUGCGGAAGCUCGACGCGAGCAAGAAGGCGAAGAAGCGCAAGCGCAGCAGCUCGUCCUCGUCCUCUCCGUCGUCUUCUUCCUCGGGUCCGCCCGCCGCGGCGCCAGCGCCCGCACGCGGAGCAGACGCGGGCGCUGAGGCGCGCGCGCCGGCGGUUGUGGAGCCCAGCCGCGAGAGCGUAGGGCUGCGGCUGCUGGGAGACGUGUACGCGGUCGGCAAGCCGAGCAGCGAGCUGCGCUGGGAGUACCCGCUGCGCGACGAGGUGCGGCGCUGCUUCGCGGGCGUUCUGCGGCCGCGGCUGCCGCAGGGCACGCUGCGGCGCCUGGAGGAGCUGGCGCGCGAGGGCGCCGCGUGGCACCAGCCGAAGAGGCCGAGGACGGGGGAGCUGCUGCCGCGGAAGACGGACUGGAUGACCGCGGAGGGGUGCCGGUGCGCGUACAGGUACGGCGGCGUGGAGGUGGGCCCCACGGAGUUCCCGGGCUGGAUGGCGGAGGUCAUGGAGACGGUGAUGCCGCUCUGCGGCAUCAGAGGCCAGGGCCGGUGGCCGAACUGCUGCAACCUCAACCUGUACGAGGACGGCGGCAUGUCCGUGGGCUGGCACGCCGACGACGAGGAGCUGUUCCAGGGCAAGGUGGGCGACUGCCCCAUCAUCUCCUUCUCGCUGGGGCACACGCGGACGUUUGAGCUGCAGGUGCUGGGCGCGCAGGGCGACGGCGAGCAGCCCCUGAGGAUCCCCCUGCACAGCGGAGACGUUCUCACCAUGGAGGGGCUGGUUCAGAAGCACUACCAGCACAGGGUGCCGAGGGAGAAGGCCCAGGGGGCGAGGAUCAACUUCACCUGGCGGUGGAUCAGGCAGCACCAGGCGAGGUGCCCCCUCGGCCGAAAGUAG